CGCCUUCCAGCCUCCUCCUCCUCUUCUCAUCCAGCAAACCUCCGCGAAAGGCUCCGCAUUUUGAAGGUUGAAGGGGGGGAAAACAACAGCCAGCAGGGCCGAGACGUGGUUCGACAAGCGGCACGAGAAGCCUCCCUGAAGUCGAGGCGUGGCACCUCCACUCGGGCUCUCCCACCAAGGUCCCGUCUUUACCAUCCUUGCCGCGGACAUUGACGCGUCAACCAAAAAAAAAAAAAAAACAUUGAAGAAAGUUUGAACGGGGAGACAAAAUGCGACUCGGCUGUGGUGCGGCUGCUCUUCAAGGUCAGAAUCUGAGCGACGCCGCCUCAGGAGACACUUCGCCGGCCACUCGGCAGCGACGGAGAGGCGCCGAGAUGCCGCCGGUCUUCGCGUGUCUGAUCCCGCAUCAACAAUGACACCUUUUGCCGUGUGAGGACGUCCACGGUGGUCGAGCCAACUUGUAAAACUCCUCCGCUUGUUUCUUCUCGACAGCAGCGACGGCGUUGUUGUUGCAUUAUUAACGACUAAUUAUCUCGGCGUUUCCUGCUUCCUUCUCCGGCCUCGCCUGCUCACCUGCCUAGCAAGACGCCCCGCGCUGCUAGCUUAUAACCUCCCCGGAGACGAACGCCUCCUCGACGGCUCUACGCGUUGACGCUCGGUCGGCGAAGUUCGAAGCGACAAAAGCUGCCCAACUUCCUUGAACUUGAAACGAGCCUAGUUUCCGAUGCCCCCGCGGAGAGGUCCUCCCUCCCCGGGCAGCCUACCGGGGCGCGGGCUCCUCUUGCUGGUGCUCCUGGUGCUCCUGGAGGGCUCCGUGCUGCACCUGGGCGCCGCCAGCUCGCCGGAUGUCGGCCACCGAGACAACUCGGACGUCCACGCCGUGGCGGAGGAGAGGCACAACUUCACCAAGAAGUCUUUCCCGGUGCUCAGCUUCGAGUACGAACACAUCCAGGUCCCCUUCGAGAUCUCCUUGUGGGUCCUGCUGGCCUCUUUGAUGAAAUUAGGUUUCCACCUGGUUCCUCGCCUGCCCGGCAUCGUGCCUGAAAGCUGCCUGCUGAUCGUGGUGGGCCUGCUUGUCGGGGGGCUUAUAAAGGUGGCCGGACGGGAGGUCCCACCCGUGCUGGACACCAACCUGUUCUUCUUCUGCCUGCUCCCGCCCAUCAUCCUGGAUGCCGGCUACUUCCUGCCCAUCCGGCCCUUCAUGGAGAACCUGGGCACGAUCCUCAUGUUUGCCGUGGUGGGGACCCUGUGGAACUCCUUCUUCAUCGGCGGCCUGCUGUACGCCGUGUGCCAAAUCCAGCCCAACAAUCCCUCGGACCUGCACACGCUGGAGCUCCUGCCUUGCUUGCUCUUUGGAUCCAUCAUAUCAGCUGUGGACCCUGUCGCCGUGCUGGCCGUUUUUGAGGAGAUCCACAUCAACGAGCUGCUGCACAUUCUGGUGUUUGGGGAGUCGCUGCUCAACGAUGCUGUCACGGUGGUCUUGUACCACCUUUUCGAGGAGUACUCGUGCGUGGGCUCUGUGACCGUGAUGGACGGCGUGCUGGGCAUCAUCUCCUUCCUGGUGGUGGCGCUGGGCGGCAUCUUAGUGGGGGCCAUCUACGGCAUCCUGGCGGCCUUCACCUCGCGCUUCACCUCCCACACGCGUGUCAUCGAGCCGCUCUUCGUCUUUGUGUACAGCUACAUGGCGUACCUGUCGGCUGAGAUGUUCCACCUGUCGGGCAUCAUGGCGUUGAUAGCGUGCGGGGCAGUGAUGCGGCCGUACGUGGAGGCCAACAUAUCCCACAAGUCUCACACCACCAUCAAGUACUUCCUGAAGAUGUGGAGCAGCGUGAGCGAGACGCUCAUCUUCAUCUUCCUCGGCGUGGCCACGGUGGACGGCAAGCACAACUGGAACUGGACCUUUGUCACCGUCACCGUCAUCCUGUGCCUGGUGGCACGGGUCAUAGGUGUGGUCGGGCUGACGUACAUCAUCAACAAGUUCCGCAUCGUCAAGCUGACCACCAAGGACCAGUUCAUCGUGGCCUAUGGGGGCCUGCGAGGCGCCAUCGCUUUCUCGCUCGGCUUCCUGCUGAAAAAGGAACGUUUCCCCUUGAGGGACAUGUUCCUCACCGCCAUCAUCACCGUCAUCUUCUUCACCGUCUUUGUGCAGGGCAUGACCAUCAAGCCUCUGGUGGACCUGCUGGCGGUGAAGAAGAAGCAGGAGGCCAAGCGCUCCAUUAAUGAGGAGAUCCACACUCAGUUCCUUGACCACCUCCUGACCGGCAUUGAGGACAUCUGUGGACACUAUGGACAUCACCACUGGAAGGACAAAUUAAACCGCUUCAACAAGAAGUACGUGAAGAAGUGCCUGAUUGCAGGCGAGCGCUCCAGGGAGCCGCAGCUCAUCGCCUUCUACCACAAGCUGGAGUUUAAGCACGCCAUCGAGCUGGUGGAAAGCGGAGGCGGAGUCAUGCUGCCCUCGGCCGUACCUUCCACAGUUUCCAUGCAAAACAUCCAACCCAAGAAGCCGCUGCCCACCAAACCUGCAGACAGAGUUCUGCCUCAGCUGUCCAAGAAUCGUGAGGAGGAGAUCCGCAAAAUCCUCAGGGGCAACCUUCAGAGGACACGGCAGCGGCUGCGCUCCUACAACCGCCACACCCUGGUGGCUGACCCUUACGAGGACAACUUUGGCGACCUCCUGCUCAAGAAGGAAAAGAUCAUCGCAUUGGAGAAGAAGCUACAGGACAUGAAUAACUACCUGACCGUGCCCAACCCUCUUCCCGACUCUCCCACCAUGUGCAGAGCCAGGCUGGCCUCAGGCAGAGAACAUGAUUUCAAACCUGCUGAGAAGAAGCAGCAGCAGCAGAAAGGGGACACAGUCUGUCCAGACCCUCAAGCCUACAGCGUGAAGCCCACCCUGGACAGCGUCCCCGUCAUCCAGGUGGACCUGGCCUCCCCCCAGUCGCCUGACUCGGUCACCAUGAUGGACGAGCUGCAGCGGGGCGGCCAGCAGGGGGCGCAGGAGGAGGAGGAGGAGGAGGACCGGGGACUUAUGAUGAAGCCGCCCGACGAGUCCCACAAGGCAGACCAGACAAACAGCAACUCCAGAGAGAAGCUGAUGAGGUGCCUGAGCGACCCGGGUCCACAUGCGGAUGAGGACCAAGACGAGGACCAGCCCUUCCUGCCUUAAGCGCAUGCAGAGAGGUGCGUGUGCGGAGGAUGCGGCUUUAAAAGGGCAGAUGCUACGAUAAGCCUAAACUAGGGGUGUCCAAACUACGGCCUGCGGGUCACCUGCGGGCCGCCAGCGUCUUCAAUUUGGCCCGCAAAGUGUUUUCAGUCUCAUUACAGAUAGCUGAUUGGUGGAAAUUUCCUACCAUCUCGUGGACAACGUGAGUAAAUCCAGUCAAUGACAAUGAAUUGUGCUUUGAAGUUAAAACAGCACAUUCACUUGUAUGACCCAAUCCAAACAACCUUCCCUAGUCACGGCACCAAAAAAAAAAUGCAACCAACAGAAAAAGUCAACACAUAGGGUGACACAUACAGCAACCUGCUCACUGAACUUUGUGGAUAUUAUGAAGAAAGGUCCAAACGCCAUAAAAACAUUCUAAAUGACAA